CUCUAGCCAGCUACAGCCAACCGUUCCCCAGGAACCAGGAACAGACUGGUGGAGCCCUCUCUAGGGCAGAACUUCAGCACCCCAGACAGCUCCCACGCAGCCCGAAAGGCAGCCCUGCCUGAAGGAAACAGUCAAGGAGGCACAGAGAUGGAAGCCAGAAGCAAGCCUCAGUUCCUGGCCUUCCUGAUACUCUUCAGUGUGCUGAUAUCUCAGUCGCUGGCUUGGCCUCUCUUUGGACCACCUUCUGCCGUGAGGCCGGAUGAGAGGGUGCAGUUUGAAGGAGCAGGUGACCCCGACCAAGUCUCUUUAAAAGCAGACUCUGAUAUCUUGCAGAAUGCCUUAGCAGACAAUGACACACCCUAUCAUGACGUGUCCAGAAAUGCCAGGCACGCUGAUGGAGUUUUCACCAGCGACUACAGCAGACUUCUGGGUCAGAUUUCUGCCAAAAAAUACCUUGAGUCACUCAUUGGCAAACGAAUCAGCAGCAGCAUCUCAGAAGAGCCUGUGCCAAUCAAACGACACUCUGAUGCGGUCUUCACAGAUAACUACACCCGCCUCAGAAAGCAAAUGGCUGUGAAGAAAUACCUGAACUCCAUCCUGAAUGGAAAGAGGAGCACUGAGGGAGAUUCGCCAGACUUUCUUGAAGAGCUGGAGAAAUGAUGAGAAGAGUCCUCUGGGCAGAGCUGAAGAUUAGAGAAUUCUUGAAGGAAAACAACCACGUGAUUACAUUAUGAGUUCUACAUAUCUAAUUCAAGAAAACAACUUCCAUAGCAAAACCAAAUAAAAUGUGUUGUGAAUAUUGUGGUUUCCUUUAUGUAAUGACUGUGAUGUUUACAUUGUAAAUAUUAUUUGAGCAUUCUAAAAUUCAUCUGUAGCUCAUGAAAUGCUUAUAAUUUCAUAUGCUAUAUAUUCUUUCAAAGAAAAAUAUAUUUAAUGAUAGGUAGAUACUAGAUUAAUUGCAAUUAUCUGAAGCUUUCUGCAAGGGUAGCAAUCGAGGAAAAUUGAUGUGUUUAUUUAUAGCAUGUAGUUAACUAUUCAUCAGGGCAGAACAGAUAAUCAGUGUGAACAAGUCUAAAUGCUAAGCAGAUAGGCUGCUGUGUUACAUAAGGCAAAAUAUCUAAGGGGAAUAACGAAUUAUGGAUAAAAGAGAUAUGUG